GCAAAGAUCUUCCUGCUAUGGUCCUGCAGUUGCGGGGGCAAGGAAAAUGGUCAGCAACUCAAGGCGUCAGGGCUUCGUGCACCUCACAGCCGAAGUGUGGGAGCAGCUCUCCGCACUUCGGUUCCUGCCGAUGAUAGUGAGUACUGGCCAGGGGUCCUACUACCUCGAUCCUUUUCGAGAAGUGUGGGAUGCUGAGCUCCAGGUAGAGCAUCUGAAGUCCGAUCCUCUGAUGAGCAUCAUGCCACGGCAAGCGACUGAAGAGAAUCUCCGGUUGAAGAACAUGCCUUUUGAAAGAUUUCAGGACCUUUUGCAGACCCACCGGGUAGAUCUUAGCAAAUUUGGCAAGGGCAAUGCGAAGACGUUGCAGCAGUUCUACGACUCUGUCGUCCGAGACGAAAAGUGCUACCUUCAAGUGGAGGAUGGGCGGCUGCUUCGAUUUGUGGAGCUCGUCCGCAUAUCACUUCGCUUUCGGGACACGAAUGGCCGCAUUCGCGAAUUGCGAAUCAAGAGCCAGCGGAAUGCGUCGGGUUCCUGUAGAGAAAGAAACCAGCCGCUAGCAAUGGUCUUACGCAUUGGCGAGCAAGGUCGUUGGCGGGAAGCCAUAGAAGAGUGCUUCGAAUCGAAGCUGAGCCUCAGCAGUGAGGUUCAAAGAAGUUGUUUCACCGUUUCCACGGACAACUACUCCGUGGAAGAGAACACCGCGGAGUCUGACACGGUUCCCGGGAUUUUCAGCAAGUAUAAGGCUCACAGCAUCGUUGUCAGCGUCAAGGAUCGGACGCGCGAGGAGCUGAAAAAAAUCGGUUUGCCAAGUGGCGCGGAUUUCAGCACAGAGAACGGUAGGCGAAACUGGGCCUGGGUCCCUGUUGCUAACGACAACAAGGAAGAUGAGUUGAUGAAUUUGCUUCAGAAGUACGCCAUUGACGUCGCAGAGUUUUCGUGGCAGAGCUUCGCCGAACUUUACGACGAGGUCUACACAAAUCGACUCUCCGAGCUGCAGGAAGCGAACAACGAGCUUUUGAGGACCGUCCGAAUCGUGAAGGUGUGGCUGUCGGCUGACAUCUUGAGCUGCAGGCAUGUCUUGGUGAUGAAGACGAAGCAACAGCGUCGCCGAACAGUGGAAGUUCCAGGAGUUCGGGCCCUCUCAAUGCGAAUGCGGGCUUCUCAGACCUGGGACGAUGCUGCCCGGGAGGUGCUGUUCAGCAAGCUUGGCAUCGAAGAGGAAUGGAUGCGGGAAGGUAUGUCAGUGACACUGGCAGACCAGUUUCAGGAGGUUGAGCUCUCACAGUCCUUCCCCGGCCUCAAGACGGUCUACGUCAUCACGGAGAUUCUCUGUGAAGUGCUCAACGCACACGACCCCAGAUGGCAGAUCAUCGGCUUGCCCGGCGGUGUGGACUUCACCUUCGCUCGGCAGCGCCCGGUGGGGCAGUCGGGGGAUAUCGACACCGUGAUUAUCCGCUGGGGGUGGACGAAUGCUCACGACGUAGAGUAUCAGAUCGCCCUCCAGGGCCACAGGUUUCUGGGAAAGCAGCCUUCCCUCUUCGACAAAUCCGCCGGAGUUGAGGUUAUGCAGAACAUCAGCAACAAGGUUCUGGCACCAGAGCCUUUACCGGUCGGUCGAGGAGAUGAACUGCUCAUCAAACGCAUCCUCGAGGGACGCACCACGGACUGGGUCCGCGCUCGGCGCGCGGCGGCAGAGAUCCGGAAUCCCAACUACAGCACCAAGGAUUUCUACGCGGAUAUCAGUGCAGCAUUUCCGGAGCUGCGUUUGUACCGCGUGGAGAGAGACAGCGGCAAAGUGAAGUUGGGCUCCACAUCCGCAAGCCGAACAAGCGACGACGAGUAUCAGCGGACCAUCGGCGCGUUGUUCUGCAUCUUCUGGAUGAUGCGACUACACCUGGACGGCAAGGAGUGCUUUUGCUUUGGCCUGGAUGCUGACUGGAAGCCGUGCCGUGCGGACAGUUUCCCAGAGGUUCGGGAGGCAGAGUUCCGGAAGAGGAAGGCCUUCUAUGACAACACCAACUGGUUUGCCAUGGAGGAGUUGCUGGUGGGAGCCGGCCUGCUGAACCAAGACCGCAUCACAUACGAUGUGGACAGAGCUUUGACGAUGUUGGUUCUGAUGUCCAUUCACGACAUCAUGAAGCUGGAUCUGCUGAGGCCGAUCGCCACCGAGGAUUUCCGGGGCUACGAAGCUGGGGAUCCGAUAAGCGAUCACGACGUAGCGCUAAGCUACGUUUUGGAGCGAUAUCCCAAGGCCCUGCCGUCCUUCGCAGGUUUAAGCCAUGAGCAGCAGUCCUCCAUCAAGUUCGCACAUUGCAAGCUCGAGUACAACAUGGGCUGGCUGGUCCAGGCGGAAGCACCCCCGGGCGCUUUGUUCAGCUCGUUCCGCGAGGUGGUCCUCUCCGGCGAGGCCAAAGGCUCUCAGGCGGCUUCAGACAUAGCUUUCUACUUUUGUCACUGGUUCGCCGAUUUGGCGGGUGCUGAAGCUUCCCCCAUGCAGGGCUGUGAGAAGUUCGUUCUAAAGUUCCCGCAGCACGUGCUCGGAAACUUUCUGAACUCUUUCCCGGUCGUUUGGCAACUUGGGCCGAAGACGGAGACUGAGGUCUAUGAGGACUACCUUCUUUGGCGUUGGUCGCAGUUGGGCCUCUCGGGUGCUGCUCCAACAGGAACCGGGGCAGUCGCGCAGAUUCGCCUGGCCAUGAUGGCCCAAGGAGACAGUGCAGAAGUCGUGAAGCAGUUUCAUCGACUGAGCCCAUCGGACCUGACGGUCUUGAGCUCCGAGCUGGCUCUCACAGGCUGUACAUCUCAGAAGUUCCGCAUGGAGAGCACCAUGGAGUCCAGAGGCCCUGCGCUUUUACUGUACUACGCCCCAGCGCUUAUGCAGAAAGCUGGCCGAACAGCUCCAUUUCAAGCCAUGCACAUCCUCGCAGAGGUGUUUCGAAAAGCGCGCGCGUUGUGGCCGCUGUCGUCUGCAGACGCAGACAAGACAGUGGUGGUCCGAAUUGACGUGCUGAAGGACCUUGAAGCUUCCGCAAUAGUCGGGACUGAAGGCAUCUUCGUGCUCUCGAAAAACAGCGCUCGAGAUGGGCAGGUUCGGACGAUGUCGCCCGAGGAGCUGAGCCGGUUGGACUCCAAGCUGAAUGCAGUGCUGGCCUUCGGCCGUGCCUGCGGCUUGAAUCUGCCAGGCGACGACCUCGUCAGGACCAGUCUCCGGGCGGAAUCUCGACCCCGCUCAAAAACACCCUG